ACAGGAGGGGACCACUGCCACUGCAGGAGCAGCUGGGUAGAAGACACAGAAAGUGCUUAUUACAGAUACACAGAGAUGGAGAUGAUAUUUCAUAGAAAUAAAGAAGAACAUCCAGAGCCCUUAAAAGCUGAGGUGAAAGGUCAGUUGCCCACUUGGUUGCAAGGGAUACUUCUCCGAAAUGGCCCAGGGAUUCACACAAUAGGGGACACUAAGUAUAACCACUGGUUUGAUGGCUUGGCUCUGCUGCAUAGCUUUACAUUUAAAAAUGGUGAAGUUUACUACAGAAGUAAGUAUCUCCGAAGUGACACAUACAACUGCAAUAUAGAAGCAAAUCGAAUCGUGGUGUCUGAGUUUGGAACUAUGGCUUAUCCAGAUCCAUGCAAAAACAUAUUUGCCAAGGCAUUCUCGUAUUUGUCUCACACCAUUCCUGAGUUCACGGACAACUGCCUGAUCAACAUUAUGAGAACUGGGGAUGAUUUUUAUGCUACCAGUGAGACUAACUUCAUCAGGAAAAUUAAUCCGCAGACUCUGGAGACAUUAGAAAAGGUUGACUACAGCAAAUAUGUGGCUGUAAAUAUAGCAACUUCUCACCCGCACUAUGACAGUGCUGGAAAUGUUCUCAACAUGGGUACUUCAAUAGUUGAUAAAGGGAAGACAAAAUACAUUCUAUUUAAGAUUCCUCCCUCUGUGUCAGAAAAAGAAAAGAAGAACUCUUGUUUUAAAAAUGUGGAAGUGAUGUGCUCCAUCCCUUCUCGCUCCCUGCUCCACCCAAGCUACUACCAUAGCUUUGGAAUCACGGAAAAUUACAUUGUCUUCAUAGAGCAGCCAUUCAAACUGGAUAUUGUCAAAAUGGCAACUGCUUACAUCCGAGGUGUGAACUGGGCGUCCUGCCUUGCCUAUCAUAAGGAAGAGAAGACUUGGUUUCACUUCGUUGACAAGAAGACUAAAAAAGAAGUAUCCACCAAGUUCUAUACCGAUGCUAUGGUGCUUUUUCACCAUAUAAAUGCUUAUGAAGAGGAUGGACACAUUAUUUUUGAUAUUAUUGCCUAUACAGACAACAGCUUAUAUGAUAUGUUCUAUUUGAAAAACCUGACUAAAGACUUUGAAGAGAAAAACAAGCUUACCUCCAUACCAACCUGCAAGCGAUUUGUUGUUCCUCUGCAGUAUGACAAGGAUGCCGAAGUAGGUUCUAAUUUGGUCACACUUCCAUCUACUGCAAGUGCUGUAAAAGAGAAGGAUGGCAGCAUCUAUUGCCAACCUGAGAUACUAUGUGAAGGGAUAGAACUGCCUCGCAUCAACUACGACUAUAACGGCAAAAAAUACAAGUACGUCUUUGCAACGGAAGUGCAGUGGAGUCCAAUUCCUACAAAGAUUGCAAAAUUUAAUGUCCAGACAAAGGAAAUGCUCCGCUGGGGAGAGGACCGCUGCUGGCCAUCUGAGCCCAUUUUCGUUCCCAGCCCUGAUGCAAGAGAAGAGGAUGAUGGCAUUGUUUUGACCUGUGUUGUGAUGGCUGAUCCAAAGGAAGCACCCUUCCUACUUGUCUUGGAUGCUAAAACAUUCAAAGAAUUGGGCCGAGCCAUAGUAGAUGUAGAAAUGCAUCUGGACCUGCAUGGAACGUUUAUACCAGAGAAAGACUUGAAGUUUGACACAGAGUAAAAUUCUAUUUAUCCUAUUACACAGACUGAGACAACCUUCUACUGAACGGGGGAUAGCAUUCAGCAACAAUCUUAUCUUGUGACAAGAAAUGACUCUUCAAUAAUAAUAUAUAAACUCUUAUAAGAGAUAACAAUAGCUUUUAUUACAAAUAAUUAUAUGCACAACUGCUACAUAGCUAUUCCAAAACAAGAAUGAUCGAUACUAAGUGCUAAUGUUGUAUACAACUCGUGGGGCAGGGAAUAGGAGACAAAGGUAAUAAGAAAUGUUUUAUUUGAGUAGAGUAUAGCUUUCUCAGCAAAUGAAGUACUGUAUUCAUAGGGUGAUGUAUGGCAUGAGUCACAUAUGUCUGCAGCUCAUGUAACUUUCAUGAACUGUUUCAAGACUGCACCUCACGAUUAAGUUGUCUCCUGCCAGCAAAGCUCAUGUUAAACUAUUUGCUAUGAUAAUAGUAAUUCAUGGCAAUGCAUUCUCUCGGUGCUUGAUUCCAUAAACUCCACUAUAACCAAAGUAUUACAUUGAGGUGCUACAACUUUCUAAUUUAGAACCUAAAAACCGCCUGCUUUGCUAAUAAUUUCAUGGUAUAUUUUUCCCUUUCAUGUUGACAAAACCAAAUAACUUGAAAUAGAAUAUAUGGUUUUAUGUAGCAUUCAAUUAUACUUUAGUGCUAUUCAAUCUUAAGCACUUUGUAUUUAAAUCAGUUUUCCUUGAGGAGAGUAUCUGACAUGACAUUUCAUGUAAUUGGAUGAUUACAUUGUGUAAAAGAUAAACAGAAAUGUAGUAUUUAUUCGUAUUGCUGUUAGUCUCUGUUAAUAACAGUAUGCACAUGACUGAGGGGCAGUGUAUUUCUAGCAGAACUCGGAUACACAUGUUCGACAAAUUGUUUAGGUGACAGAGUGAAAGACCUAAUUUAGAGCUUAUCUGAACAGUAGCUGAAACUACAAGCUACUGUUGCUAUAGCUAAGCAUUUGCUUUAUUGUCUGCUUAGGAGCAUCCAUGGCCUGACGUGGGUUUGUCAUUACCUGUGACAGAUGCUUCCUAAUGAAAGUACACAACUCCCAUUCAGAGUCACAAUUAAAAAGCACAUUUCAACAUAGAGUUUAGAUGCCAAGUAUACCGUGACUGUUUUUUGUUAUAGGAAUGGCAUUUCCUAAUCCCCUGAGUGUAUUUGUUUUGUGAUUUGGGGCAUUGAUUUUUAUUUAAAUGAGAGCUUUUUUUAAAAAAAAAUGUAUUUUCCUAUUGUAGAUACCUUUAGUGUUGGAGGCAUCUUUACUGAUGGAGAAAACUAGGUAUACAUCCAUCCAUUUUAGGCAUUGAUCUGGUCUGUACGUAUCACCACACUACUCGGGUAUCUCUCACUCUUUUAUAUACGCACUCUACACUGUCUCUGCUGCUCACUGUGUUUUACAGGUAGGAAACAGAAUGAAAUCAUUGUCAUUUACUGUCUCCCCAUCACAUGAGAAUCUGGGCUUUGGUGGCUUGUCUGUGGUUCUGUAAGAUAUUUAUGGCAGAGCAGGAACUGAAUCUUGUUUGCUCUGUAACAACUAUACCUCCCUUUGUCUGCUUAAGUCUUUGCAGUUUGUAAGUAUAAAGAACAUACAGGCUAUUUUUUAAUGCAAAAGAAAGUCACUGUGGUCAGAUCUAGAGUUAAAAUAGGCAGGUUUGGGCAUGCAAAUGUUUAUAUAUUCCAUAAAAUGGAAAUAAACAGUAAGGUGUGUCUGCAGAAAUAGUCUCCUUUAGUGUUUUCAAGGCAUAUUACCACUACUAUUUAAGAGAACUUUAUUUUCUAAAGAAGAAACUUAAUUCCAUUUUUGUAAGUGAUAUGGAACCAGUACUGGAAUGGAAGACUGAUGUUGGCAAAGGACACCAGCUGUGGGGUUGUUUCUUUUAAUCUGAAAAAGUUUGGAUUUAACAAAUUUCCACAAAUAUAUCUGGUAUUAUAAGGUGGUAAUGAAUCAGAAGCCUAACCAUUAUUAUAGAUCUCUUUUUAAGAGUUCGUCUCCAGAAUUUGUGCUGUAGAACUCAUAGUGUUAUGUUUUCAGAUGAUCAUGAGUUUAGGUAUCGGAGUUACUUGACUUCUGAGGAGCUAAGUCUUACUGGCAGAGAUGACAUGAUAGGGGAAUAUUAAUCAUAAAGACAAAUCAGAUUUGUUAUCUGCGGGCUAAGAAAGCAGAUGUGUUAUUUAUGUUCAUGCAAAAAUACUGCAGAAAAUAAAAGAACUUGUAUUAGGUGUGACUUUUUAAACGAAGCGUGCUGUGUUCACAUGGUCAGUAUUACACAGGAUUUGAUUAGCAUCAAGUGUGUAGUCAACUUGAAGAGAAAAACAGUGAUGUAAACCUGGAUUUGCCAAUCCCAGUAUCCUCCUGUGGCAGAGAAAAUAUGGAUAAAACCAUAUGGCUAAUCACAAAUUUGUUCAAGGAUGUUUUUAGCAGUUGCAAUAGUAAUCUGAUGAAACAUUUCCCCUGAAUAUGGUAAUACACCGUAUCAUUGCUAGGCUGACAAUAGCAUAUAUGCUUUGCCAAGUGGCUGCAAGGCUUGCGUGGUUCUUUUGUUGUGGUAACAUGGCACAUGGCAAUGAGUCUGUCAUUUGCUUUGCUUCUCUGACAUCCUUUGCUACGAAUGAAAUCUUGAGGGACAGAAAGGUUUGAUUCUUUUUUUGCACCAAUUUAAGUCAUAAAUUAGUCCAGUAAAACUGGUGGAGUUAUUGUAAUGGCAUAAAAAAGAAUCUAGAUUCAGUGACUGCAAAUAAAAAUAGCAAGGAUAGAUAUCUUCAUUAAAGGAAAAAAACACAGUUGAGCAAGAGAAUCGGGCCGUGGGUAUGCAUACAUGUAAUUACUUCAAAGAUGUUACAAAUGGCCCUGUAGUUGGUAGAGUGGUUUGGUUUGGUGGUGUUUGUGUUUUGGUGUUUUGUUUUUUUUAUCAACUGGUUUCAUUAAAUGCAACAAAUAACAAAGCAUAAUAAUUAA